CAUCAUCCCGCCGGCACUUCACCGCCGGGUACGACUACUAUUCUUCGGCAGCGAAACCCGCGACGACAUGAUGAUGCGACCUACAUGCAGUGCAACGGAGCCAUUGCGCGAGCGCAGAUCCAUCCCGCGCGCGAGUCAGCCGCACACGGGUGCUACUAGGCCCCCCCAUCGCUGGACGCCAAGCUUAAAUGCAGUCGCCCCCGCGUGGCGUUCGUUCCAGUCACAGAACUUGUCACUGACUCCGCAUCUUCUCCAUGGACCGGAUCCGAGGUCCCUUGGGCCCCAUAUCCAAUACUUUUAGCGGAACCGAAGUCGGCCGUGUUUACGUAUUGUCAACGGCGUCUCGAGGACAGCUGGUCUGCGCAGUCAGAGAAGAGCCAACUCCCAGAACCCUUUUCUCGUUGAAAUAUCACAAGAAACAAGAUUGCUGCGCAUGUCAGCACUGAUCUGUCAUCAGGAUGAGACGUGCGGCUCGAUCCAGAAAUCGGCAAAUUCUGGCCAAGGCGGCAUUGGUCUUCUCGGGCCGCUCUGGUGCAGCCUCUGGGCUUGCUACGCCUCACGGCCCCUGCUCACAGCUGGGCGUGGUGGUCAGCCUUUAAGCCACCGUAGGGCUUGCCAGCCAUUCCCGCUUCGUCGAAUGUUCCACGCCUGUGUUAGAUCGCCAGGGUCCAAGGUGGCAACGGGCUGAUUUCUGCACUGGGCCUGUCCGGAUUCCAAACCAACUUCCUGUUCAAGAUCUCAAUCCUUGUUAGUGGACAAUCUUCGACGAAAGCCGAGCAAACUUCGACUACUCGCUACAGGACGCCUAUUGCAGCGCAUAACGUAGGUAUCUGACGUUGGGUGCGCCGUGGGGGCAGAGUGGCAAUGGGAGCUAUAAUGCUGUGAGGACCACAGACUAGGACCCACGAUGCCCGUUUGCGUACGGUCUUGCGAUGCAACGCAACGGUAGCCGUAUCGAUAUAAGAGUCCUGGCCGACGUAGGACAUCCUCCGGGGCCCACGGUCGUCGUUGUCCGGUACGCCAACCUUGCCCGACCUUGGAUGGUGUCGACCUCUUGAGACGCAAGCUUUCCUCAUGUUAUGGCAUUGCCAAUGCAACAAUGCCGUCGUUACGACGGGUGGCUGCAUCUUAGCUGAGUGCCACUGUUCCGCGAGCCCGAAUGAAGACUUGGUCGCAGAGUGAGUGCCUGGGGCAUAAACGGCUCGAGGGCAACCGGGCAGCCGAACUUGGUUGGCGUGCCGGACAACCAGCGAACAGCGUAGACGGCUCUGUUUGCUGCCCCCUAUUCUCGUGUCCAAGCGAACCAAAACCUCUUCCUCACGCUUUCUCGCGUACCUGCUUUGCCCUUGUGGUGUUGCUCCCGACCGCACCCUCCCUUCAGUACCUUUCUCGUGAGCAUCCUGAAGCCCCGGCAUCUUUUGUGACUUUGCACUGCCUAUGCGGCAUUCUUUUUCGGCAUGGACGAUUUCAGACGCGACCGCACAAACGAUGAACAUGACUUUGCUGCGCUCCGAUACGACUCGGCUGACUGGGGCAGCUUUGGAUUCGCGUCUAUCCACCACGAGGCCCCUGCACAACAACGAGCGCUCGAUGAAGACCAGUGCGGACUUCCACCGCUUCUGAAUACCAAUGUGGUGGACUAUAACUUCGCAUAUCUAGAACAGAGCCUGCAGUGUCCCCAACAACAGACGCAGAGGCCGAUACUGCCUCCUUCGAACAAUUUCCUGGCCAUCCCCAGUUAUCAUCAGACCGUGACACCAGAAAUCAUAACAAAGAUUGCGAAUCCGACUUUCGGCGAUCACACGAGGCUGUGUCCCCUCCUCAAUGAGGCUGAUCACCCGUGCUACGAGCCAACUCGAAUACCAGGUGGAGGCCCAUCGCGACAACAGCGCGACCCGCUCAAGGUACAUACAACUGAUGCCCAGGAGGAGCGCGAUCAAUAUAGUCGCUCGGUGAGCGCAGAGCAUAGAGCGGAGGAACAUAUUGCCAUCACCAGUUUCAUGGAAUCGACAAUCAAGGAGCAGCUGAAGCGCUUCUGGAAUCCUGAAGGUUAUCGUGUGUUGAAACCCCGCAAGGAGCGUUUGACAAUGACAGAGUACGAAACGAAGUUGGUCAACACCGGCAAAGAACAGACGGGACAAUGGCAAGGACACUAUCGAAGCUUGGAUGAGGCAAGGAUAGCCAGGAUGACCCUCCAGAAAAUCUACAGCAAGCCUCCCCACGAAUGCACGAGCCCGGUAGACGACGACUCGUUCCCGACUUCAGACAAUGCCUGGGUGAGAGUAGUAAGGCAGAUCUUUGAUGCCAUCAUGGACUGGAGGUACAUUCUGGAAUGGAAGAGCGCUCUUGACCGUGAGGGCAAGGCGAAGGCCAUGGGGAUGCUUUCCCAAAACGGCGAAGAAGAGUCAUGUCCGGGCUUGGAACCUCGACCCAGUGCUUGCGAUCUCGAAAAAUUGCUUCCGAGUCGCGAGGAACAGCAGCGGAGGAUUCUUGGUCAAGUCCCGAGCGAUCAGACGAUUGAGUUGGUCGCAUGGGCGAUAGUGCACUCCAAGCAGCUUGUCAAAUCCAUCCUUACGGCAGGCGAUGGUUGGAAGCUCAGGAUUGUCAACGCUCCAAGGAAGGAAUUUCGGGCAAAAGGAAACAACAGGCGCGUGAAUGCUGCCAAGGAGAGGCAGCGACAAGGCCUAAGCCAACUUCGAGAUCAGGAGGAAGGGUUGGCCACUGGAUCUCGGGGUAUGAAUCAGACGCCAGGCCCCGUGCCGCGCGGACAAGGCUGCCGCACGGGGAGCCGGGAGGAGACGGAGAACGGACAGGCCCCGGGCGAGCCAUCGCUCGGCAUGUGA